UCCUUUUUUUACAGAAAUAUGUAAUAUAAUAACUAUGCCACCAACAAACCAAAUUCCAACUCGGAGUCACACUUCACCGCACAUAAAAACCACACUUUUAAUAUCGGACAAAAAAUUUUCUAAUUUCGUUGGAGAAAAAGAUGAAGAUGUGGGAAUCUUACAACCACAGCGACGAUUCACAGCGAGUCAGUUGUUGGUUGCCAGAAUUAUUUUUGCACUUUCAUGUUAUUUUUGCUAUUUAAAAGCUGAAACAUUCCAAGAUUGGAUAGACACAUGCUGGGGUUAUCUACGAGACCAAUGGUGGUUCCAGACUGUUUAUUUUGAAACCUUACUUGUCGUUGUUUAUUCUUUUCCACCAACAUUUUUCUUCAUGAUUAUCGACAAAAUUUCCUAUUUUGAUAAAUUCAGGGUCUCACCCAAGGGAGGCCUAAUUUACUCAGAGUCAAUGCAAGACAUUUUAUUCCAUGCAGUUGAAUACAUUUUGCCUCUCUCUAUCUUAGACACUCUCCAUGUCAAACACUAUUAUGGCGUCACCGAUGAUGUCAUAAUACAAAAAAGAUUGAAUUGGAUUCAAAGAACACGAGCAUUACCUGAGUACUCUCCUAGGCUCAGUGACAUCAUAAUACAUAUUUCUGUUGCCAUAGUGAUCUAUGAUAUCAUGUUUUUUAUCAUCCACUACAACCUGCAUAAAUAUCAGAUUUUAUACAGAACGUUUCACAAGAAGCACCACACCCAUGUUGUUAUCAAUGCAAAGGCAACUGAUCACCAGAACUGGAUUGAAAGAAUUGUUUUCAUUCUGUCAGCAAAUGCCGGGUUGAAGGUGCAGGGAGCUCAUCCAUUCACUCGCACUAUAUUUGUUUUUGUGUUCGUCACAAUCCUGAUCUAUAACCAUUGUGGGUACGACUUUCCUUGGACGUUUGAUAAACUCAUUCCAGGGGAUAUUUUCAGUGGCUCAAGAGAGCACUAUGUCCACCAUGCUAAAGGGAAAAGGCAUUACCAAUUUUGCUUCACUUAUUUGGAUAAAGGAUUGGAUUGGCUAGAAAGCAGGAAGAAAAAUAAGAAACUAUGACAUCACAAGAGUCGAUGACAAGAGUGUUAUAGGUCAUUCGGAUGUCUUUCAAACAUAUUGAUAGUCACACUAAGACCAAUAACAAAUUCUCUGCAAUGCGACUCUAGCAGCUUGUAUACAAGGCUCGCAAACAAAGUUUUACAAAAAUUCUCUAUGAUUAAACAAUUAUAUAAAACUUGAGACAAGCUAAACACAAGAGUCAAAAAUCAGUCUGUAUUUAUGAGUAAAAUAAACCCCCAUCACACACCCCUUCCUCUUCACAGACUUGUCUGAAGUAUAAGUCGAAGAAGGUAAUGCUAACAAAGUGACACAUAAAUUUAAAUUACCUCAACGCUUUAUGCAUACUGGUGAAGGAAGCAGUAACCGGCCGUUAGAGAAACACGUAACAUUUGUACACUUUCUAUAUAUUGCAAACUUUCUAACAGAUUUAUUUAUUUUUCAUCUUUUCCACAAUCUUCAAUUUGAACUGAGCCUAAUAUGAGUCUCAUUUCGCUGUUGCCAUGUGGGGAGUUUCAGUAGCAAAACAAACAUUCCACCCUUUUCACCAGCAAUAACUUGCCUUUAAAGCAGGAAUUCCCAAACAGGGGUCGCAACCCUAAAUUGGGUCGGAGUGAUAAGUAGUUAGGGUCGUAAACAGGUCAUGGGGUUGCUGAGGUAUGGUAGGGGAUGGAUGUACGAAGAAAACAUCUAAGA